AUGGCUUGCUACUGCGCAAACUUCUACGGCAGCAUUAACUGCCACAACCAGGUGACCCGCUUCGGCGAUAGGUGCAAGCUUUGCAUUGCCCUCAAGUCCGGUGCUUCGAUGUCUUCGGGUCUUCUCUCCAGCGACUCGGAAUCGUGGUCUCAGCCCGUCUCCUCCAGCAGCAGACACCCCAAGCGUCAGGACUCGUAUGGAAGCAGCGGCAAUAGCAGUGGCAGCAGCAGGCCAACGAGGGGCGACACUCGCUACAGCAGGAAACAGUGA